AUGCUGUGCGAUUUUGUGAAGGACGCCCCGUGCUUAGGUCUGAUCCAGCCACAUCAGUAUCGAGCUCCAGAAGUCAUCCUCAACAUACCCUGGGAUGAAAAGGUGGACAUAUGGUCCAUCGGUGUGAUGAUCUGGGAUAUGUUCUAUGAUCACAAUCUAUUCGAUUACCGAGACCUCGAAGGCAAACCGUCAACAACCUAUCACCUUGCACAAAUGGUUGCUCUACUUGGGCCCCCACCGAAGGAUUUCCUUUGCCGAAGCACAACAGAUGCACUAUGGGAAUGGUUUGAUGAAGAGGGAAACUGGAAGGCACAAAUCCAAAUACCAGACACUUCCUUGGAGAAAGCUGAAAGCAGAUUGACGGGAGAGGAGAAACUCAAUUUUCCAAAAUUCAUCUGGAGAAUGCUCAAGUGGAAGCCUGAAGAAAGAUCCUCUGCUCACGAGCUGCUGGAGGAUGACUGGCUUAAGGAUGCUUCGAAGUAA